AUGCAAUUUGACGUCGAACCCAGCGACCCACAGGCAUCAAGCCCUUCCGCGAAGCGUCCUGGGUCUAUUAGGACUCCGCGGGAUGGGGACUCCGCCUACGUGCAGGACUCAAACGCUGUAUCUGAGGCCGUGAAGAAGAUCCAAAGUUGUGCGGCAGACAUCCGCAAAGAGACCCACUUGCUCGGGUCCGUCCAGCUACAGUCGUCACGAAAGAAGGUGGAAGAAGCCGUUCAUUUGGGGAAGCAAGCGGUGGAUGAAGGGAAGCGGCAUUUGCAGAAGCUUAGCUGCCUGAGCGGCGGCAGCAUCAGCGAGCAGCGAUCUCGGGUAUUCACCCAGCAGAUGCUGCGUGAGAAGCUGGAAAUUGCCACCACAGACCUUGAGGCAACAUUCCAGGCUUUCGAAAAGACCGCGAAGAGCAGGGAGUCUGCUCAAAGCAGAUCUUCCGGCGCAAGGCUCCAUGAGCACGUAGAGAUGGGUGCCAUGCCCGGUGGCGCCGAGCUUGGAGUUGCACGACAGCAAGUUCAAGAAGCAAACCUGAUUUCCGAGGGUGAAGCCGAAAUUCACGCUGCCAUGGUGGACGAGUAUGUCGAGCAGAUAUCAACAAUCGAACAAGAUGUUCGAGGUCUGCAGCAGGCCAUGGUCGAUCUGGCCACCCACGCGAAGGUUCAAGGCGACAUGCUUGACCACAUCGAAGCCCACUCCGAAUCCUCGUCUGCUGCUACUGCAGAUGCCACUGCGCAGCUGACACAAGCCAGCCGCUCGCAAAGGCGUGGCUCGAAGUUCAUUUAUUGGCUGCUGCUGCUUGCAGCGGUCCUUGCAGUCAUCCUGAUCUUCGUGGUGGUGAACAAGAGCUCCUCGGGCUCGUGA